AUGGGACUCGGGUUGAGCACUUACUCACCGCAGGGAGGCGAAGGCGGCAGCCGCUGGAUACUAGGGGAGAAGUUCGACUCUGUCUCUCCGCACAAGGGCUCCACCAAGCUGCUGUGGGAGACGAAAUGGAGGGCCGCGUGCGAGAAAUCAGUCUACCCAUUCCACGAUGGCAAGCUUGAGGACUUCGAGCCGAUUUUCCAGACCCUCAUUACCGAAAACAUAAACGACGCAUACUCAGACACAUACACAGAAACAUUCUUCCCGGUCGCGAAAUCCCUCGAGCACGAAGCGUCCAUGGCAUUCUACAACGGCGACAGCGAAACAGCAUCCGACCUGCUCCGGCGCGCAGCAGUCGUAUACCGCAUCUCGCGCUUCCCAUACGUCAGCCCCGACGAUCGAGACACCAGUAUAAAACGAAAAGCAUUCACCAGACAGAAAGCCGCAUACCUAACCGCCACAUCCGUCUGGAGAAACCCGCUAACCGAGCACGUUAUACCGCACACCCACCGCGCCGGGCGAGACGGGCCCCGUAUCCCGAUCUAUAUACGUGUUCCGGAGGAUACGGUCCCCGGUAGUCACAGUCCCGUCCCGUCCGUCUUGAUAAUGACGGGUCUCGACGGGUACAGGCCGGAUAACAGCCAGCGCACGCACGAGAUCACAGCGCGCGGAUGGGCCGUCGUGAUUGCCGAAAUCCCCGGGACGGGCGAUUCCCCUGCUGACCCAUCUGACCCGGAGUCCGCGGAUCGGCUGUGGAGUAGUGUGCUUGAGUACAUGCGGUCCCUGGGCGUGUUUGAUAUGAGGAAAGUGGCUGUUUGGGGGCUGAGUGCGGGUGGGUAUUAUGCUGUUCGGGCUGCGCAUACGCAUCGGGCUCGGCUGAAGGGGUGUAUUGGGCAUGGGCCCGGGACGCAUUAUUUUCUGGAUGAGGAGUGGUUGGCCAAGGUUGAGGACCAUGAGUAUCCGUUUCCGAUCAUCCGCUCCUGGGCGAAGAAGUAUGGCUAUGACGAUCCUGCGGAAUUCUGUAAGGAGGCGAAGAAGAAGUUUUCUCUUCUUGAGACGGGCAUUCUGGACUUGUCUUCUACAAGGCUGCUGCUUUUGAAUGGUAUCGACGAUGGUGUAGUACCUAUUGAAGACUGCCACCUGCUGUUUAGCCAUGGGAGUCCUAAGGAAGGAAGAUUCUACCCUGGCCUUCCUCAUAUGGGAUAUCCAGCCAGUCUUGGGGCAGCGUACAAAUGGCUAGAGGAUGUUCUGGGGUGUGAUUAUGUGAAGAACUGA